AACCUGAUUAGACAAGGCUGGGAGGGAAGAGCAGCCGAACGGAGAAAAGAAGGCAGGAAUUACAACAGGUCACUUGGUGGAAGAAGCCUCUUAAAUCUGGGGGAGCUGCAGAAACUGCUAGAGAGGAAGCCACAAAACCACAAUAAAGAUGCCUUCCAAUGGGAAUCGGCCUUUAAAGCUUCAGUUUGGUCUGAUCAACCAUGAUGGACGAUACCUCACUGCUGAGACUUUUGGCUUCAAGGUCAAUGCAUCAGCUCUCAGCAUGAAGAAGAAGCAGAUCUGGACUCUAGAGCAGGACUCCCAGGACACGCAGGUGGUCUACCUGCGUAGCCACCUAAGACGCUACCUUGCCUCUGACAAGGACGGCAAGGUCACCUGCGAAGCAGACGGCCGUAACUCAGAUGGCCGCUUCCUUAUCGUGGCGCAGUCGGACGGCCGCUGGGCACUGCAAUCCGAGCAGCACCUUCGUUUCUUUGGCGGCUCCCGGGACUUCCUGUCCUGCUUUGCACAGGUCAUCACUGACAACGAGCUCUGGGCGGUGCACCUUGCUCUACACCCACAGGCCAACCUCCUGUCUGUGGCCCGCAAGCGCUACGCUCAUCUUUCGGUGGAAGAUGGCGAGAUCGCAGUGGAUAGGAAUAUUCCCUGGGGUGUGGCAGCACUCCUGACCCUUGUCUACCUGAAUGGGAAGUACUGCCUUAAGACCUGCGACAGCCGCUUCCUCAGCAAUGAUGGGAAGCUCGUGGAGCAGAGCAGUCGAUCCACGGCGUACACACUGGAGCUCAAGUGUGGCAAGUUGGCUUUUAAAGACUGUGAAGGCAAGUAUUUGUCUCCCAUGGGCCCUUCAGGAACCUUGAGGUCAGGACGAUGCUCCAAGCCGGGAAAGGACGAACUGUUCGACCUAGAGGAAAGCCACCCACAGGUGGUUCUGAUGGCAGCCAAUGGGAAGUAUGUUUCCAUGAGGCAAGGAGUGAGCCUCUCUGCCAACCAGGAAAAUGAGACAGACAUGGAGAUGUUUCAAAUGGAAAUGGACAAGGAAAGCAGGGAGUGCAUAUUUCGCACCAGCCAAGGGAACUACUGGAGCCUGGUGGCCCACGGAGGCAUCCAGACUACGGCUACAGAAGUUUCAGCAAACACAAUGUUUGCAAUGGAGUGGCUUGGUCACAAGAUGGCGAUAAAGGCCAACAAUGGAAAAUACAUUUGCACCAAAAAGAAUGGACAGUUAUUAGCUGUCAGUGACUCCAUAGGUGAGGAUGAACAGCUCAGUGUGAAACUGAUCAACCGGCCCAUGUUGAUCCUGAGAGGGGAGAAUGGUUUCAUCUGCCACCACAAGAACUCCAACACUUUGGAUGCCAGCAGAUCUGUUUAUGACAUUUUCAGCUUGCAAUUCAGCAAUGGUGCCUACCAUAUUAAAGGUGUGACAGGUCGCUUCUGGUACGUCAACAGUACCGGGCUGGUGUGUUCUGAUGGUGAAGUCCCAGAGGAUUUCAGUCUGGAGCUCCUGGAACGAGGCCGUCUCGCCAUCCGUGGCAAGAACGGACAAUAUCUGCGUGGAGACCAGGGAGGCACGCUUAAAGCGGACGGACUUAACCUGAGCAGCUCAGCUUUGUGGGAGUAUUAAUGCAACAACAACAACAACAAAACAUACCUGGGACCUUGCUGCUGUCAUGGAGAUGCUCUCUAUCCCUAUCGCAAACUUUGAGGUGGAAGAUCAGCAAUGAAGGAAGCUU